AUGCCCCACCACUACAACACGGAGCUGUGGGAGCAUACACACAAGGGCACGGUCAAGGUGCCGGUUCGGGGCGGCAACUGGAAAGACAUCCCCCGGAGGAUAGUCGAGGAGGAGGUGCAACGGGAGAUCUGCCGGGAGGUGGCGGCUGAUGCAGGCGGCGGGUGGCAGUACACCACUGCUCUCAGAGAGGCUGUGCGGACCAAGAAGCCGGUCCUCACGAGGAAGGGGCGGCUCAUGGUGCCUGGGGCGGAGGAUGAUGCCGUUUUGGCGAUGUACCACGCGUCGCACGGUGACGACAUGAAGGAUCUAGUGGGAUGCAUGCAAUCGGCAGGGGUGAAGGCGGAGCGCGUCCAGGCACACACCGCCGUGGCGAUUCCGCGCACGCGUGGGGGGGCGUUGGUGGCCAAGGGCACGUUCGUGAAAGCGAGCCCGGGGGAGAAGUGGUUUUCUGAUGUGGCACUGUCGGCGCCUAAAGGGGGGGAGUGGUUUGCCAAGGUGUUGUGCAUCUUCAAGGCGGCUGGGGAUGAGGGGGAGCCGAAGGGCUACAUGUACGUGCGGUACUAUGAGCAGGCUGGGCCCUGUCCCCUGACCACAUGCAUCCAGCUAACACCCCACCGGAUGGAGACGAGGUUCGCUGUGGUGGAGGUGGCCACGAUCCUGAGGGUGGUGCACAUUUGUCGGAGCUUCAGCAACCCCAAGACGUCAUACGACAGCAUGGCCGCGAUAGUGACUCUCCUGGAGGCUCUCAAAGCCCAUCCUGACGAUGUGUACUUGUUCUACGAGUUCCCGUUCAUACCUACGAGGCUCCCGGUGUCGGCGGUUAUGGACGCGGAGUUCGGUAUAGCGCGCGAGUGGCAUAUGAUGGUGGGUUUGCUGGUCAACGCUUCUGGCUCCAAGUGGCGUCAUCCGCUUGUGGUGUUGAGGCGGGAUGAUGGCAGGGCCGUACACAAUGGGCGGCGUCGUGAGCAUAAUGUCGUGGUGCGCUACGCAAAGCACGGCCGCAUGUCGUCUGAGCUAUUCACGGAGCACAUGGUGAAGUUGGACGGGGAUCUCUUCGCAAAGAACGAGCGCGCAAUUGUUCUGGUGUACGACCCGAAGCACGAGCUGACUGGUUGUGUGUUCGAGUCGGAAACCGUUGCCGGGUUUGCGGCGCAGAAUCUCCUGAGUGUCAAGGUGGUGCAGCUUUAUGGCGGGCCGCCCCGGUGCAGCAUGCCGUCGACGACCGGGGUGGUUGACACGGUGAAGGCAAUACACCGAUACUGGUUCAUGAAGGACGCUAUGGACAGCAACGAGUGGAAGAAGAAGGGAGAGGUACCUCGACCGUCACUCCCAGACGUGCUGAGGAGGCUGGAACUGGCGUGCAAGUUGACGUCGGAGACGGCUAUUCAGAGGAGCUGGUGGCGCGCGGGUUGUGUGCCGACGGCGUGGGUGUCGCUGAUGAAACGCCUGGAUGGCGCUGGCGCUGCUUUGAUGUUUGAGCCCAUUGUUAGCGAGCUUACAAUGCUGCAGAUGGCUAUUGAGAAUUUUAAGAGGGCCCCUGGUAUGUAUAUGACGUCGUGGGAUUUUGUGGGCUGCGACGAGGACCUGCUCAUCAAGUGGGGCGUGAUUUCGGCGGAGGAUGAGGAGGACGAGGCUGAUGAUGACGAGAUACCGGCGUAUUUUUGUAUCCCUGAAGGGCCACUGUAUCGGGACGUUCGCAGCCGGCGCAGGGUCGUGCGGAUGGUGGCGGGCGAGUACAGCCAGCAGGCGGGCAAUUUGGGCAUACCAGUGUCCCAGGUGCCCGAGGCGUUGGGCGCGCAUAACGAGGAGGUGAUAAGCCGCCUUCGAAGGACGCCUACUAAGCGUGCUCGUAACGGACCUGCGGUGGGCGGCCAGCCUGGUGGGUUUUCCGCAGGCGCAGGAAGCUAG